AUGUUUUAAACCCAAAGAAUAGACUCGAUAAAAAUUACUUUAAUCACCAGAUAAAUAUCAACUAAUACUGAAAUUUAAUAAUAAUGCGGAAAUUCUUAUGAUUAUUAUUAAUAAGAAUAUUAACUUGAAGAACUUCAUUAAAAAAAUAACAUUAUCUUCUAUCCUAAGCUUAAAUAAACAAGAAUCCUUAAUGGGUAUGGAGGAGGAGGAUAGUGGGGUGGAAAUGGUGGAGGAGGAAACUGGGGAGGAAAUAAUUAAUGUCCUAAUGGUUGCAACUGUUAAAGAUGGAAGGAAUGCACUUCAUGUUAAUCAGGCUUUUAUAAUGAUAAUUAAUAGUCAAGAGGUAGGCGUUCCCAAACAUAUAGCUGCUAAUAAUGCGAUCAAUCUUGUUAGGAAUGUUAAGGAGGAUCUAAAUAAGAUUGUACUUCUUGCAAAUAAAAUUUAUUCCUUGCUUAAGAUGGUUCAUGCUAAACUUGCAAUACUGCUUAGGGUUAUUAUAUUAGUGAUGGAAAGUGUUUAAAAUGUGAUAAUAAUUGCUUAACUUGCUAGGCUUAAAGCACUACUUGUAUUUCUUGCAAGAGCCCUCAAAUUUUAAAUUUGUCAUCUCAAUGUGUAAAUUGUGAUUAAAAUAAUGGAUAUUUUGUUUCGCCUUAAAAUAUUUGUAAUCCUUGUGAUGCCUCGUGUCUAACAUGCAGUGGACCUAACAAAACAGACUGUAAUAGCUGUAAAACAAAUUUUAUUUUAUCAAAUAAACAGUGCAUAACAUGCGAUACUACUAAUGGUAAUUAUUUAAAUAAUGGCUAAUGUACUAAAUGUGACCCUAGUUGCAAAACAUGUAAUGGAUCUAAUAAAAAUAAUUGCAUUACUUGUCAAUUAAAUACCUAUUUAAGAACAGACAAUACUUGUUAAGCAUGUGAUGUUUAAAACGGAUACUAUUUAACAAGCUCUAGUAUAUGUAAAUAGUGCAAUUCUAGUUGUAAAAAAUGUAAUGGAGAUAACUCAAACAACUGCCUCUCUUGUUACCCUAACAAUUAUUUAAAAAAUGAUGGCACAUGCUCUGACUGUACUGAUUCUAAAUAUUUUAAAGAUUAAACUUAAAUGAAAUGCCUUCCUUGUGAUCCAUCUUGCUUAACUUGUUCUAACUCAAAUAGCAAUAGCUGUCUUAGCUGUCCUUCAGGAAAAUAUCUAUAUCCUGAUAACUCUUGUUAAGACUGCUAAACUUCAAAUGGAUAUUAUAUAGAUACCAAAACUAAUCCGAGCAUCCCUCGUUGUUAAAAAUGUUUUUCCACAUGUUAAGCUUGUGUAGAUGCUGGAUAAAGCUCUUGUACUGCUUGUAAACCCUCAUAUUUGAGAAUGAAUCCAUAUUCUGGAACAAACUUUAAAUGUAUUUAAUGCAAUACUUCAUUAGGUUAAUAUACUACUUCAUCAGGUGGAACCCAAACAGAUUGUUUCAAUUGCCAUUCUUCUUGUAAAACUUGCACAGAUGGAAAUAAUAAAUCAUGUACAACCUGUGCUGAUGGUUUGUAUUUUGUCUAAUCAGGAAUGGAUAAAUUAUGUUAGAGCUGCCAAAUUAAUGGUUAAUAGUUUGUUGAUUCAAAUUUUUUUUGCUAAAAUUGUAGUAGCCAAUGUUUAAAAUGUUAAGGUAAUGCUAAUACUUGCACUGAUUGCUAGGAUGGGUAAUACCUUAAGAAACUAGACAAUACUUGUGGAUCUUGUGGGGAUGGAUUUUAUAUAAAUGGAUCUUUUUGUCUAAAAUGCGAUAGUUCUUGUAAAACAUGCAACGGAGAUAAAUAAAAUAAUUGCUUAUCUUGCAGUGGAUCUUUAAAUUUAAAUUCAAUUAAUUAAUGUGUAGAUUAAUGUCCGGAGGGAACUUUCGCAUUAAGUAAUGUCUGCUAAGCUUGUGAUCCUUCAUGUGCUACAUGCUCUUAAGCUGGAAAAUGCAGCACCUGUCCUGAUGGAUAAUAUAUUUUUAAUGAUGCUUUAUGUUAAACAUGUCCUUCUAAUUAUUAUGGAGACAAUGCUAGUAAAAGCUGUAAACCAUGUGAUUCUUCUUGUUUAACAUGCAAUGGACCUAGUAGUUCAAACUGUUUGUCUUGUCCAGGUGAUAUAACCUUAUAGUCAGGAACUUGCACAUCUUAGUGUCCUAGCAAAUAUAUUUAGAAGAAUAAUUAAUGCCUACAAUGUGAUAUUUCUUGUAAUUCAUGCUUUGAUGUUGAUGAAUAUAGUUGUAUCAGCUGCAGUAAUUCUAACUAUGCUUUCUUGCAAGAUAAAGGUGGAAAGAAAAAGUGUGUAGAUUGCUCCCAGUAAAGUUAUUAUUUUAAAUAGGGAAAUGAUUGCUUACCUUGUCAUCCAACUUGUUUGACUUGCAAUCGUCAAAAUGACCCUAAUAAAUGUUUAAGCUGCCCAAUUGGUAAGUUUUUUCAGAAAGAUGAUUAAAGCUGUUCUGAUUGCACUAAACGUGGCUAUUAUAAGAGUUCUUCUUUAUGUUUAAAAUGUCCUAUUAAUUGCGAUAAAUGUAGUGUUUAAGGAUCUAAUUUAAUUUGUGACUUAUGCUCAAAUCCUUAUAUUAGAGAUUAAACCCUUACUCAAUGUGUAUUAUGCUCUGGUGACAUCUCAUUUUACUACUCUCCAGAUGAUAAAAUCUGUAAAAAAUGUGAUAGUUCUUGCAAAACUUGUAUAGGAGGAAAAGAUACUGAUUGUUAAUCUUGUUUUAAUGGAAUGAAUUUGUUAAUUUCAGAAAAAAGAUGUAUUGUAUGCGGAGAUGGUUAUUUUAUUAAUUCCCCUGGUAAAUGUUCAGCCUGUAUCUAAAAUUGUAGAUAAUGCAAUGAUUAAAGUACUUGUUAAGUUUGUAAUACAAGUAAUUCUCAACCUAUUUACUUAGAUGAAAACAAACAAUGUGUAAGUAGUUGUGACUAAAAUGGAGGAUACUUUAUUUAGAAUGAUGGAGUUUUAAAAUGUUUAAAAUGUGAUACUGAUUGCUAAUAAUGCCAAAGCAAAAAUUUGUGUAAAAAAUGUAUGAACAAUACCUCUCUUAUUUUGCAAACAAAUAAUGUUGAUGUUAAAUGUGGAGUAUGUAAUUAAAAUAAUUAUAUUGAUCCAUAGGAUUAGUUUUGCAAAAAAUGUGAUUCAAGUUGCUUAACUUGCUCAGGUCCUCUAAGCACUGACUGUUUAACAUGUGACUAAUCAUAAAAUCUCUAUAAAUAGCCUGAUAAUUCUUGUAGCACUUGCACAGGAAAUUUUAAGAUUGUAGGAUAAAAUUGUGUAUAAUGUGAUCCGAAAUGUAACGGAUGUGAUUCUACUGGCUGCAAAAGUUGUGCUUCUGGUUUUUAUUUUGUUGAAGGUUCUAAACAAUGCAAUACUUGUGACAUUUAAAAUGGCAAGUUUAUUUAGAAUAGUUUAACAUGUAUAAGUUGCAAUUCAAAAUGUAAAACAUGUUCAGGACCUAGUGAAUCAGAUUGUAUACUCUGUAAUGGAUAAUUAACUAGAGAUAUAAACAAUUAAUGUGUUGUUUGCAAUGUUGAUAAUGGUUUUUAUAUUGAUAGUAUUAAUUAGAGAUGCCUUCCAUGUGCUCAAAAUUGUAAAAAAUGCACUGGUCCAAGUAUAGGCGAAUGCACUCAGUGUGCAAAAGAUCUUUAUUUAAGUAACGAUAAUGCAGGAAAUUAAGUAUGUUAAGAAUGCAAUAUUUAGAAUGGAUAUUUUAUUAGUAUAAAUAAAUGCCUUAAAUGCGACUCAAGCUGUAAAACUUGUAAUGGAACUUCAUCAAGUGAGUGUUUAACAUGCUUUACUGGAUAUUUCAUCAUAGGAAGUAAUAAAAGCUGUGUAUAAUGUCCUACAGAAGACUAAAAUAAUAUCAUUCGAGGAAGGUACUCAUAAAAUUGUGAAUAAUAUGAGAUUGUUUGUUAGUAAAGUAUACGUUCUGGGAAUUAUGUUUUACUACAGAAGUGUAAUAAAUGUAAAUAAGAUUACAUAUUAUAGGAAGAUCCUAAUGCAUGCAUAUCUGGCUGUAAUGACAUUGGAGAAAAUCUUGUCUUUAAUACAGUUACAAAAUAAUGUGAAUGCUAAUCUUAGAUGUAUUAUUAUAAUAUUCCUAAUAAAGCUAAUUAACAAAUAUAAUCAAUUUUUUGUUCCUAAUAACCUAUCGAUGGAUAUUUUUGUAAUUAAAAUAAGAAGUGCUAUUAAUGCAACAGCAAUUGUAAAGUGUGUUAAAGUCGUUUCUCUUGUAGCUAAUGUGAAAGCUAGUAUUAUUUGUGGCAAGGCUAAUGCAUUUAAAAGUGUGAAGAUAGUCAAGGUUUGAUAGUUAAUAGUGAUAAUUCUUUGACUCCUUCAAACUUAUGUAUCUGUAAAUAAGGAUACGUCUUGAGGGAAUAAGAUAAGAUCUGUGUUUUAAAGCUCUAAAUUAUUUCUUUGAAACUGACAAUAUAAAAUGACAACAAUUUACUAACAAUAACUUUAAAUAGAGCUCCCUUUAAUGAUGAGUCUUAGGACCUAAAACUUCUAAUAGAUCCAUAAACAAUGAAGUUGAGCUAAGACUAUUUUAUAAAAAGCAUGAGUAUUAUUGAUAACAAAAUUUAUUAUGAGAUUUAAGUUACUUAGAACAGAAAAAUCAAUACAAUUUAAGUAACACUUAAUAAACAAAUAAAUACUUUAUCGCUUAGUAACACAAUUCUCACAACAGAAGAGUUUAAUAAAAGCAACCAAUCUUCCUAGCAAAGAAAUUAAAAUAUUAAUGAUGCUUCCUAAAUACUUGUUCCUGAUAGUGGUUCAGCAUAGAAAGUUAUUUCUAUUUUCAAAGAUUUUUAAAUCUUAAUUAUUCUUUCUCACUUUUUAUAGGUCUUAGGACCUAUAGCUAUGUUCAAAGACAAUAUACCAUAAUCGAUAUACACCUACUCCUUACUCGGUGAUUCUUUUAUAUUUGAAGCUAUUCCUUCCUUCCAAGAAGUCAAUUGCUAAAUAAGUUCAGAAUCUACUACAAACUAAUCAAAUAAUGACAACUAAUCUGAAUAAUAUGAUUCUGAUUAAUUAAAAAUUCUAACUCAGUUUGGAUUGUAAAAGUUUUUGUACUCAAACUUUUUAUUUCCACACUUAUCUCUUGUUUUAUGCACAGUAUUAGUGUUUUUAAAUUUGUUUGCUAGAGCUAUAAUGAAGGGUAAAUAAUACACUAUGCAAAUAGUAAAUAUUCUUCUUAAUGUUAUGUCAAAUCUCAAUUAAGGAUAUAUUACACCUACAAUAUUCAGUAUAUAUUUUUCUCUAUAAUUUAGCGAAAGCAGAGGAUUAGCUGUCUUUUAAGCUUUUAUUCAUUUGUUCUUUUUUAUUGAAAUCACCUAUAUCUUGUUCAAAAAAGAUAAUGAAUAUAUCGAAAAUCACAUUCCUAAUUUUUUAGUUAACAUAAACUUCAAAGCAAAAGGCAUGUUCUAAGAGUUUAGCGUUGGAAUAACUUUUGUUAUGAUUUCAAUCACUAGCAAGAAAUACACUGAAAUUAUGGGAAGUACAACGAUAAAACUUUAACAUACAAAAUAAGUGAAUCUAGUAUCUUUUUAAGAUACACAUAAUUGA